ACAGCGAGGAGACGGAGAGACCAGCGAGGAGACGGAGAGACAGCGAGGCGACAGAGAGACAGCGAGGCGACAGAGAGACGGCGAGGAGACAGAGAGACAGCGAGGAGACAGAGAGACACCGCUGGACAGAGGCACCGCGCGUAGCUGAGACACCGGCCAAUAUCUACGCGGGCGAGCGGGCGGGUGCGAGCGAGCGAGCGAGCGCUGCCGAACGAGAAGACAAAUUCGUGCGCGCGGAGGGACGGAAGAGGCGAGCGGAUAAACGAGUGGAGACGGGCGGACCGGCCGCUCGCUGGACACGGACAGGCGGCGGGUCGGGCGGAUGAGGAGGGCUGGGGGGCCUGGCAGGCGAACGGACCGGAUAAGGGGUCACGCAGUUGGGUCGACGGGCUGAUUAGCGGGCAAGGCGAGCGGAUCGACGGCCGAAGACGAGCGGACACGCGGAAAGAUGGACGGAGCGGCUCCCGCAUCCCCCCCGAUGACGAUGUAGCAGCGAAGAGGCAGGCCAAAGUUCCACGUUCUCCUCCGCUCUCUGCUCUCCUUCGCUCUCCGCACGUCGCCAUGCACACGCAGAGCGGCCGCGGCGGCCCCCCUGUGAUUCUGGGGGGCGAGCCGGCCCCCCAGCGCCCGGCGGCUGCCCCGCCUCUGACCGACAUCGUGGCCUGCAUGCUGGGGCCCCCCGACGGUUCCCGGGGGCCCCGCCGCGACGUCUCCCCGAGCAAGCCUGACGACGACCGCGGCUUCACGGAAAUCUGCACGAAGGAGCCGGACGUGACGAAGCAGCGGCGGCAGCAGCAGCAGCAGCAGCAGAUGCGGGAGGUGGAUGGAGACCGAUCGGCAUUGCUUUCUUCAUCUCCGGAGGAGCUGGCGUCCGCGGGCCGGGCGAUGAGCGCCGGGCUGCUAUGCCGGCGCCAGGAGGUGGCGUUGGGCGACGGCGAUGACGGCGCCGGCGGGGACAGCCUCGUCACGCUCACCAUCCUCGAUGGGGGCGGCGAGGGCGCGGGAGAGGGCGGCGCGCGGGGCCGCCCCCCCGCGGGUUGCCGGCGCCCGGAGGUUGGCGGCAGAGGGGGCGUUGGCGGCGGCAGCGUGGGAGAGGGCGGCAGCGCCGGCCUCCGCGACGCGACCACGGUGGAGCUGCCCUCUUCCAAUUCGUCGUCGUCAUCAUCCUCCUCUUCCUCUUCGCGCAGGGUCGCCACCUCCGUUCCCGGAGGUGGCGACUUGGUGCGGCCGCCCCGGAGCGACCUUAGGGACGAAGACGUUUACGAUGAUGACGAGGGGCAGGACGAGGCGGAGGAGGAGGAGGAGGAGGAAGAUGAGGCGGAGGAUGAAGGCAAGAAGGAGUACGGAGAGGGACAGCCGAACGGCGGGCGCGGGGACGGCGGCGAGAGCAGCCUCGAGGGCAUGCGGAGGAAGAUGCAGCGCAGCAAGUCGACGGGCGGCAGCUUCCUGGAGGGGCUACUCGGAUGCCUGCGGCCCGUGUGGAGCAUCCUGGGCAAGGCCUACUCCACCGAGUACAAGCUCCAGCAGCAAGACAAGUGGGAGGUGGCAUUCGAGGAGAUUGCAGAGCUGCAGUGGCUGGGCAGCGGCGCUCAGGGCGCCGUCUUCCUGGGCAAGUUCCGCGGCGAGGACGUGGCCAUCAAGAAGGUGCGCGAGCAACGCGAGACGGACAUCAAGCCGCUGCGCAAGCUCAAGCACCCCAACAUAAUCGCCUUCAAGGGCGUGUGCACUCAAGCGCCGUGCUUCUGCAUCAUCAUGGAGUACUGCGCGCAGGGGCAGCUGUUUGAGGUGCUGCGCGUGGGUCGCCUCGUGUCCCCGCACCUCCUCGUCGACUGGACAAGCGGGAUCGCGAGCGGCAUGCACUACCUGCACACCCACAAGAUCGUCCACCGCGACCUCAAGUCGCCCAACGUGCUGGUGACCCAAGACGACAAGGUGAAGAUCUCCGACUUCGGGACGUCCAAGGAGAUGAGCGACAAGAGCACCAAGAUGUCCUUUGCCGGCACAGUGGCGUGGAUGGCACCGGAGGUGAUCCGCAACGAGCCCGUCUCCGAGAAGGUGGACAUCUGGUCGUUUGGCGUGGUGCUGUGGGAGCUGCUCACGGGGGAGGUUCCCUACCGCGACGUCGACUCGUCGGCCAUCAUCUGGGGCGUGGGCAGCAACAGCCUCCACCUGCCAGUCCCCGCCUCCUGCCCCGACGGCUUCUCCCUGCUGCUGCAGCAGUGCUGGAACAGCAAACCGCGGAACCGGCCGUCGUUCCGGCAGAUCCUGUUACACCUGGACAUCGCAGCGGCGGACGUCCUCGCCACGCCGCACGAGACGUACUUCCAGUCGCAGGCGGAGUGGCGGGAGGAGGUGCGCGCGCACUUUGAGAAGAUCAAGAGCGAGGGCACCUGCAUCCAGCGCCUCGACGACGAGCUCAUCCGACGCCGGCGCCACGAGCUCCGGCACGCCCUGGACAUCCGCGAGCACUACGAGCGCAAGCUGGAGCGAGCCAACAACCUAUACCUGGAGCUCAGCGCUGUCAUGGUGCAGCUCGAGGCCUGGGAAAAGGACCUACUCAGGCGUGAACAGGACCUGGAGAGGAAGUAUCCCGGCGUUUACAAGCGGCUCCCGGCUCGUCCGGCCCUCCGGCCCUCGGCCGUUGAGCGUCUCAUCAAGAAAAAACCCUCGACCCACAAACCCUCGUCGCACGGACGCAGGUGGGGUCACGCGGGGCGUGACAGCAGACCCGACCUGCUGCGCUCGGAGGGAAUUCCCGGCAGCACGGAAUCAAGCCCCGUGCCGUCUCGUGCGCCGCCCGCACCCCCCGUCGCGUCCGCCGUGCCCCACAAGCCGCAGCUGUCCACGCCGCCUGGCAAGGGCCGCUACCGGGGCCGCGCACGCCACCGCCGCACCAACAGCAGGGGCAGCCACGGCGACUUCUCCUGGCUGGUGGCGCUGCCUCGGCCCGACGCCGACAGCGCGGCGAACGGGACACCCGCCCGGCACCGUCGAGACGACGGUGCCAAUCUCGCGGCGGAUGGCGCGCGUGGUGCCCCCGCGCCGCUGCGGCCUUGCGCCGACCCCGACGUCGUCGGCGCGGCCAGGAUCGGUGCUGGGAGGAUCGACGAUGACGGCGCCCCACGGCCGAACGGUGACCCGCGGCGAGCGGAGGUCGGCGGUGGCGGCGGGGGCGAUGCCGCAGCGGGCCACGGCGUUGGUUCGACGAGCCGGCUGCCGCGGGUUUCCGGAGCGGCGGCGGUGCUGCCCGGUCGCGGUAGCGGGGCGGACGCGCCUCAUGACGUCACCGCAGCCAGUGUCGCGGGGAAGCAUCUCAGGCUGCAACAGCGCACGAGCGCCGACGCGGCCCAACCGGAUUCGUCCGAGGAGGAGGAAGGGGAGGUGGACAGCGAAAUCGACUUCCCACGCAGGCAGAGGCCACACCGGUGCGUCAGCGGCUUCCAGUCAUACUCCACGUUCAGCUCCGAGAACCUGUCGGCGUCGGACGACCUGGAGGAGGGCAACACUAGCGACCAGUCGGAGCCGCCCCAGCCCACUCAUGCCCCGGUGCCCCAGCCGGCCCGACCCUUGACCCCGCCGCGGGGAGCGGGAGGCGGUGGUGGCACGGGGGCCACCGAGGAUGCCCGCGAUCGUCGGCGGCGCGACGACGAAAAUGAUGAAGAUGAGUUUGACGACGAGGAGGAGGAUGGCCACGGUGGCAGCGGGCGAGGGCUUGCGUCCAAGUCCCCCGAGGUCCCCAUAGAGAUCUCGACUCAGUCGGACGGGCUGUCCGACAAGGAGACGGCCGUGCGACGCGUCAAGACGCAGAUCUCGCUGGGCAAGCUGGCGCGCGACGAGAUUACGCACCCGCCGGUGCCCAGCCCCGUGCAGAGCGCGUUGGCCUUCCGUGACUCGGGCUCAGACACCUCGGAGGGGGAGGCCUCCGACUCCACCGUGGCCACAGCCAGGGCUCGCGUCUUCAGUUGGUGACCCCUUGACUCCCAGCCACCGAGGUGGACGUCACGCCCCCCGGGAGCUCACAUCAGCAUGGCUCAACAUCGGCGCACAGCCUCGCCUCCCACGCAAAGCGACGCCGACUCAGCUUCUCCCGAACUUUGUGUUCAAACUUCCAUUUUUUUCAACCACUCGCUCAAACAUUCCCACCGAUUCUCGCCCAAACCUCAUUCCCCUUCAACCGCUUACAACGCAACCCAAAAGCUGCUCGGCGUUGCUCCCUGUAUUGUGGUUUUCCAAAAUCACCAUCACCUUCACCCACCCACUGCUCACUACCACCAACCAUUUCUCACCACCCACCCCCAUACAGGAUUGGACGGGGCCAAUUUGCAACUGGAAAUUUUCCCGGUAAACUUGUCAUCACAUUUGGCAACGUCGCACUUGGCCCAACGUCAUUAGGAAUCAUCAGCACAGCAAGUCGUCAGUAACACGGUGUUUUUGCACUUGAGGAUACCUUCCUUUGUCAUCCCCACGCUCGCGUCGCUGCAGACCACAUUUCACGCCUUCAAGAUGACGUAGCUCUGCUUCUUGGUCGUUGACAAUUUGCUGCCCCACAGGUUUUGCAAUUUUACGUAAUCUGAUUUUCGGAGCAGCAGCGUCUAGACUAAAAACUCCUCAAGGGAGCAACCCAGUGCUCUACGCAUCACGUGCGCAGGUGGUUCACCUACACCGGGGCCCACAUGUCUGAGGGGCCGAGGCCACGUGCUACGAAGAUGGGCGAGGGAAAUGGACAGCCCCCCCAUUUAAUUCAGCGCACCAGGGUCCAUGCCAACCACGCUACACCACUGGGGGCCAUACGCCCAGUCUUAAUUGUACACUCUGCCUAUGCACGAGAGUUUCCUUUACUGCUUCAACAUGUCCAUGGGCUGUAUUAUCAAGCCAGCUCAGCCUCCGCCACUUGUGCGUGUCCUGUUCAACAAAUUGGCAGCGCAGCGCCGCACGGCACAACGCCAGCAAGCUCACUGUUUGUCCUGAAGCACUCGGCUCCCAACAUGCCGUCGGUUUUUAUUGUCGACGAAGUCGGUAAAAAUUUUCCCGUGCGCACCAAUUUGCACUGAGUGGCUCCGUUUGGCGAUUCCGGGAGUGAAGUGCAAAGUGAAUUUUUUACGAUGAUGUAACAUGUGUGCAGGAGAAGGGAAGUCGAUCAAGACGCCGGCCCUCAUUUGCUAGGCUGCGACAGCGAGUACGCAUCACAGUUUAGUGACGAGGACACUCAUUCCUAUUUAUUUGUUAUGAUCCAAGGAAAUGUAUCCAAACGCAAACUGUAUGGCAUGCGAAACAAAUGUCUCAUAGUUGUAGUUGUAAAAACGUAACACAGGUUGUGUGUUCCGGGUUUAUCUAACACAAGUUUGAAAUUUUCGCUAAUGAAGAAAAAAUAUUUUUAACUCAUGUGAGAGAACUUAAAGUUUUGUUUUUUCCCGCCGAUAUAUAUUUGUUUUUGAGUGAGGCCACGUAGUAGAUUUAAGCAAAAAUUCGUAUCGUUAACCCUCAGCCACCCGACUACAUUGCCACGUUUACAAAAAUAUUAAAUUCAGCAGUGAAAAUCCUGAAGCCACCGGUGGAAUAUCUUUCUAAACGUGGAAAUCUUGUCGGGUGUUGGCGGGUUAAUGACAAGAAUCUUGGCAAAAAAAAAACGACCACCACGUGUAGCCUAAUGCAAAAACAAAUGUGGCUCCUGUAAGAGAUGUUUAUUUUUCCGGCCAUGUUUUUUUUCCGUCUUGUGGAACACUACAGAGCUGCGCUCGAACCCCGAUAAGCUCCACCGCUCACGUACACACUCUCCUCGCUUUGUCAUCUGCACCCAGGUGACAAUGAUCACAGAACGUCCGCUGAUGCAAGCACCAGUUGUUUGCUUCGCGGGUGCCAGUGAGCUCGAUAGCCACAGGCGUGGCGUGAACGAUCGGGGGAGCGUGAGAAGUAGGAGCGUGGCGCUGCCUCCCGAGACUCAGCGUGGAUCUCACAUUGGCCCGUGGUGUUUUCGGGAGACUGGAAACCAGUAAACAAAAAAAUUACACACGCGCGUGCGUAUAAAUUGAUCAACGAACACUUGGGGGCGAGGGUAAUUUUCGUGUUGGCGGAAACACAUUUUUGCGUCACAUUUAGGUUGGGGAAAAAAAUUGGCAAAUCUGCAGGAAAUUUGUGAUUUUCUUUUUCUUCAAGUGGGCAAAGAUACGAGACUGUGUCCUCUGCAGAGGACAUUGCAGCAAGAUCUAUUGUGCUGUCCUAUCCCAGUCAACGACUGCUCGCAGCCUUUACUAACCCUCACGGUGAUGUAUGGUCAAAUAACAUCUCAAGAUCUGCACGGCGUAAUAAGGCCCUAAUCCAGCAGUGUAUUUGCACAAGGGCUUUAAGUGUACAUCGGUAAAAUAUGCCCGUUUUAACACGUAGGCUUUCGCGACCAAUUUUAUCCAUAAUAGAGGUUAAUGAUAGAUGUCCAUUGUAAUUUAUAUGACUACAUUAACCCCCCUCUGGUCUUCGCACCUGAUUGGCUCACAGUGA